UACAAUAUACGAAAAAUAUACACUAUUAAUAAAUAAAAUAUAUAAGUUUUCACGCGCGGGUAAAAAAACCGUGAAUUUGCUGAAGGGUGCACUUUUUUAUGCACCCUUCUUUUGUUCUCAUGAGAAAGAGGUUUAUACUGUAUAGAUGUGAGACUGGUGAAGGGCUGAGGAUGUUAAACACCCCACUGUGUUCCUGCGUGUUGGUGCCUGCGCGCUCGCUCGGGUUUGGGUGGUCUGGAGGAGUUGCAAUGAACCCAUGAGAGCGAACGCACACACACACAAACACACACACACACACACACGCACAAUUUGUGAACUUGUUGAAGACAUGUCACUGUGCAUCAGGACCGGAUUUUACCGCCAGGAGAUCAACAAAACAGUUUGGGAUGUUCCGGAAAGAUACCGAGAUCUCAUCCAAGUGGGCACCGGCGCGUACGGAACCGUAUGCUCUGCCGUCGACAGGAAGACAGGACUACGCGUUGCGAUCAAGAAACUCCACCGGCCCUUCCAGUCUCGGCUCUUCGCCAAGCGAGCUUACAGAGAACUGCGACUGGUCAAACACAUGAAGCAUGAGAACGUCAUUGGACUGUUGGACGUCUUCACAGCUGAGCUAUCUCUGGACAGGUUUCACGACUUUUAUUUAGUGAUGCCAUUCAUGGGCACUGACCUCGGGAAGCUCAUGAAGAUGGAAAGGUUGUCUGAAGACAGAGUGCAGUUCCUUGUCUAUCAAAUGCUCAGGGGGCUGAAGUAUAUUCAUUCUGCUGGGAUCAUUCACCGAGAUCUGAAACCAGGGAACUUGGCUGUGAAUCAGAACUGUGAGCUGAAGAUUCUGGACUUUGGCUUGGCCAGGCAGGCGGACACGGAGAUGACGGGUUAUGUUGUGACUCGGUGGUACAGAGCACCUGAAGUCAUCCUCAACUGGAUGCACUACUCACAGACGGUUGACAUCUGGUCAGUCGGUUGUAUCAUGGCGGAGAUGCUCCUUGGAAAACCUCUUUUCAAAGGGAAUGAUCAUUUGGACCAGUUGAGAGAAAUUAUGAAAAUCACCGGGACUCCAGGACAGGACUUUAUCGUCAAACUCCAGAGUCAGGAUGCUAAAAACUACAUUCGAAGCCUGGCCAAAGUGCCAAAGAAGGACAUGCACUCGAUUUUCUUGAAAUCCAGCUCAGAUGUGGUGAGAGCCAUUGACAGAAUGCUUGUGUUGGACCCUGACAAGCGUGUGAGCGCAUCGACGGCUCUGGAGCUGCCCAUGUUCUCUGACUUCCGUGAGCCUCAAGAAGAGACGGAAGCUUUGCCCUAUGAUCACUCCGUGGACAAUGCUGACCUGCCUCUGGAGCAGUGGAAACGUCACACAUUUACAGAGAUCCUGUCCUUCAAGCCACCGCUCAUAGAGUUUAGAGACUCCAAAGACACCUCUCUCUAAGUGGAUAUACACUCACAUACACUAUAUGGCUAAGUUUGUGGACACUUAAAACCAUAAAAUAUGUAUGUGCUUUUCUGAACACCACAUUCAGUCCAUUAUUUGCUGUUAUAAUA